AUGUCGUCUCGCGCACUUUUUGGAAUUGCAAGGACAGCGCUCCGCCAGCCAUGCCAGUGCCGCACAUUCGGCACCUCCUCGCUUGCGCUGGAGCCCAAGAAGCCUUCGAUCAAGUCGAUCGGCGAGCUGCGUAAGCUCAUGCCGGGCACCUCGAUGAUCAAGGCGCGCGAGGCUCUGCUGGCCAGCCGCGCUGCCUCGUCGCCCGACGACGACGACGUCAACGCUGCCUUGCGCUGGCUCGAGGAGGACCGCAGGAAGAGUGGCGCCAAAAAGGCCGAAAAGGUCGCGGGCCGCAGCGUGCGGGAAGGCGUCGUGGCCGUCUCGGUCCUCUCGGACGGCCUACCCACGCCGCUCGAGGCGAGCAACAAGUCGCAGCUGAAGCCCGAGGCUGUCAUGGCGGGCAUCGGCGCCACGUCGUCCGCCCAAGGCUCGCUCGUCGAGGUCAACUGCGAGACCGACUUCGUCGCCAGGAACGAGGUCUUCGGACAGCUGGUGCGCGACAUUGCCCACACGGCCGCCCUCUUCCCCACGCUCGCCGCGGCAUCCGGCAGCGCGACGUCAUCGUCGGCCGAAGCCUCGAUCGUCGACAUCCCCGUCGAGGAGCUGCUCGCCUUCCCGCUGCUCCCCAGCUCGCCCGAGGCGGCAGCCACCGCCGGGGCCCCCAAGACGGUGGCAGCCGCCAUCAUCGACACCGUCUCUCGCCUUGGCGAAAAGAUCAGCAUUGCCCGGGCCUGCGCCGUCCAGGGCCCCGCCGUACCCUCGCCAUCGGCGCCCCGCCGCUCCGAGACGGGUCGCUCCGAGGGCAGCUCGAUCCUGCACCUCGCCUCUGCCUUUGCCCACGGCGGCUCUUCGACCGCAUCGACAUCCAAGGCGCACACGGCUCCCGGCUACGUCCUGACGACGGGGCGGGUCGCCUCGUUGCUCCUGACCAGGAUCGCCAGCCCGACCCUGCCUGCCACGCUGGCCGCCUCGGGCAAGGAGGUGCCGCCGACCAUCCAGGACUCGGCGCGUGCGCUCGUCCGCUCGCUGGCGAGGCAGACGGCCGGGAUGAAUACCAAGAGCAUCCGCGAUGCCUCGGCUUCGGCUUCGGCUUCGGCUUCGGCCGGCGAGGGCGAGACGGGCGAGCCGAGCGAGGCGCUCUACUCGCAGCCCUUUAUGAUGCUGCUCCCCACGGCCGCGCCUUCGCCCGAGAGCAACGCGCAGCCGGUGCAGCAGGUGCUGCGCGACUGGGCGGCAUCCAAGGGCCUCGAGGCGGCGAGUGCCAACGACGACGGCGGCGUCGUCGUCGAGGUGGUGGGCAUGCAGCGGUGGGAGAUGGGCGAGACGGCGCAGCCCGAAGAGGACAAGGGCGAGGGCUUUGCCGAAGAGGUCAAGCGGGCCGCCGGUCUCGCCUGA